UUCUGCACUUUUUGAAAAGGCCACAAUGAUAGGUUAGGCUGCCUUUAGGAAAAAUAAUAAUGUUGGUGUUGUAAUAUGGAAACAAUUAUUUAGGAUGUAGGAUUAUGAGCCAAGGGGGAUUAAGGUGAGGUCUUUAAAGUGCCAAAGGGAGCCAAGUGAACGGUAUAUAAGGCUGAUACUCAUCUCAGUUUAUCAUUGAAUCAUCUCAACUGACUCAAGACAUCAAGAAUCAUGAACGGAAUUGCUGUUGUCGUCCUUGCCUUGUGUGCCGUUGCUAUGGCAACUCCAAGCUACCGUCAUGGUCACCAUGGUCAUCAUGGUCACCAUGGCAACCACCAUGGUCAUGGAUAUGGAUAUGGUGAUGAGAACCGUGAUGGAGUCCCAGAUGCUCUUGAUGCUAACCGUGAUGGCAAAGUAGAUUCCUAUGCUCAUGGACACCACGCUCACGGACACCACGCUCAUGGACAUCAUGCUCACGGACACCGUGCUCAUGGACAUCACGCUCACGGACACCACGCUCAUGGACACCAUGCCAACAGCUACGGACACCAUGAUGCCCACCAUGCUCAUGGACACCAGUCAUACGGACAUGUUGCCCACCACUCCACCAGCUAUGGCCAUCAUGGACAUCACGAUUCCCAUCAUUAUUAAACCACGACUUGGACUACACAGGACCUUCCAGGGAUAUACCUAG